AUGUUGAAGGAGAAGGACGGGCCCUAUGUUUCCUCCGGCAGAUCGAGCAAAGACCGCAGCAUUUGCCGAUCAUUGCGAGGGCGACGGGCUUCCUCCCAACGCAGAGAGGACAGAAAUUCCAGAGACGGCGUGUUGGCCGGAGUGAGAAGUUCGCCCGGGUACUUGGGCCCACUGCCUGUGGACGCCGAUUUGCGUGCUUGGUCCCACUCCCACGCGAGCUUCCUGGCGGGCUUCCAGAAAACCCCGUUCGAGGUGGCGUAUGGUGGAAAAGCUUUUCAUGGGUCGGUGGGCAUUUCCGAGCACAACGGCUGCGAUUACUUGAUGACCGAGCACGGCUUUGUGGAAGCUACCUCGGUGAGGCGUGCGGCCCCGGACUUGCAGCUCAGCGCCGACAAGCUCAUCGAGAAGUACCAGGGCGAGAGUGAAGCUUUGGAGGCCGAAGCCGAGGCAUCUCGGCCAGCUGAAUGCAACGAUAACUACGAGAAGCUCACGGUGACCUUCGUGAAGAGCCGCUCGCCUCCAAACUUCAACAGUGCCUUGGUUUACAGUUUCGUGAGGAACCAGCUAAGUCGUUACUUUGUCCAGUGGCGUGGGCCCUUCAUCACCGACGGCCCCGUGGAGAUGAUUGCCCGCACCGACUCCAGUGUUGCACGCGCAAUCGCGCAAAGGGCCGGCAUAGGAAGGGUACGGCAUUUGCAAACGUCGUGCCUUUGGAUCCAAAUGUGGGCGGCCAACAAGGAGCUCAAGGUCCUCGCGAUCCCGACCGAUAUCAACCCAGCGGAUGCCGGGACCAAAGUUCUCACUGGAGCGAGACUCAAGAAGCUGUGCGGCAUCAUGGGCAUGGUGAGUGGCAACGGCGACCUCCUGCAGGACGACUCCAAGACCAAGGCCCCGAACCUCGGCAACGCAACGAGGGUGCUCAUGAUAGUGCAGGCUUUGUUGGCAACGCAGCUCGAAGGCUGCGACGCGGAUGGGGAUGGCAACUUCAAUGCGCUGACCCACCUCAUUGAGAUCAUCUACGCCUUCGGGUACACCUUUUCCUUGGUUGGCGGCGGCUACCUGUACACGCUGUUCGGCAUCGUGAUUGACGGUUGUCUUCUAGGUACUCGUCGGGGCAACAUGGCGGCUGACCUUGUGCUGGAGAACCGCUCCUCUAUUAGACUCUAUACUGCAGGGCUUGGGCCUGGCUACGGCUACGAGGUUCGUUCUUUCGAGGGGGACACAGCAAACGACGACGAGGACACAGCUUACAACGUGGACGUCACCAACAACUUCUUGGGCACUCCCUUGGCAACUAUGGACAGUAGCUGGCAUGCGAUACCGCAGGGCACAGGCAACAAGUUUCUCCACUGCGAGCUCGAGCGCACCAAGGACCACGGCACCCACUGCUUCUUCGUCUACGGCCAGUUCUUCGAGCACACCUGCGACUGCUACGGCUUUCGCUCCGACUACUCCAACACCGAGCCCAAUUAUGCCAUCGAGGGUAGAGAGCCGGCACGUGCAGGACGACGAGCCUUGACAGCCUUGACAGACGACGAACUGAACACAGAGGUUUGGUUGGCAAGCUCCCGCGGCUACGCUUUCCACCGGCGUGGGCGCAGGAACUACCGUGGCUCAGCGCGCACCUUCCGUUCGGUGCGCAUGCGGGAAGCAUUGGCCAUGGGCAAGCAGCCCUGCCAGCGCUGCUACUUUGACGUGCAUCGAGCAUUGCACGGAUCCUGA